GCGCCGCCUGCUGCAGCGCGCGCGCCCGUCCCGCUCGCCCUCGCCCCGCGCCGCGCUCGUCCCCGUCGUCUACAGUGACCGCUACUUCGUCUCCGGCCUGCCGCUGCGUCUUAAAACGGAACCCCCUAUGCAUCACCUGCCCCUCCCCGCGCUAGCUGCGGCUAGAACUACUCCUGAAGCUGUCGUCCACGCAUCUUACGUCCGGACCGAUCGCCCGAGGAGAUACGGGUCCGUGCGUCGCACUCGUCGUGACCUGCCCCGUAUGUUCGGCGCUGCACCGGUCCCGAGCACUUACCCGCCGCGUUUGCUGCCGCUGGAGAGUCGGCAGCCUGCAGGCGGCGCGCGACCGCGGUACGUACCUCCACCAGCCGCUCACUCACUCACGCGCAACAGCCGCGAGGAGGCGGGGGAGGGGCGGGACUUAUACGACGUGCUGUAUGAGGCUUACUGCGGCUCGCGACUACUGGCUUCGCGGCUGGCCAGCCGGGUGUCGACCAGAAGUCAGGCGUCGCGCCAGGACCCCGACUCCGUGCCAUACGGGCUGAACGAGGCGCAGAUCAAAACGCCUCUCGAGAUACCUGAUGCGUCGAAGCAUCUAAGCGCGUCACAACAUCCAGACGUGUUCAAGCAUCUAGACGUGUCGAAACAUCCAGACGCGUCGAUCCAAAUGUCCCAACAUCCCGACGUGUCGGUACAAUACGAGGCGUUGGCCGAUACGGUCCAAUAUGAGCUGUUAGAUACAUCGCAGUGCUACUCGGUGCCGUACGGGAUGUAUACGCGGUACGCGGCCCGGCGCGGCGAUAGAUCGGCGCGGGCGCAGCGUGCGGCCGUACGCUGCGUGCUGGCGGCGAGCGGCGCGCUGUACGCACUCGCCUUUAUCGCCUUCUAUUUCCUCAGCCUGUGAAGCCAGGCCCUUAAGCCAAGACUUUUUCUUUAUCGCUUUAUAGAAUCG